GAUACAUAACCUUAAAAAUGUGAAAUUAAAAUAAUAAAUAUUUAUUCAAUUUAAAUAAUAUAUUACAAGUAAUUAAUAGUUUAGUCAUGACUAAUGUAGUGUUGACUAAAAAUAACAAGAAGACACAAGUGGACGAUUUACAAAAACUUGACAAAGAGGACCUGAUAGCCAAAAUAAUCCAACUCGAAGCCCACAACACGCAGUUGAAAAAUAUAAUACAGAAAUCACAAGCUGGCAGUGAAAAAGAUGUGAAUGAAAAAUAUAAAGGCAAAGGAUAUGAUUUUGCAAAUUCAUACAGCAGACACAUACUUUUGAAGUUUUAUUAUCUCGGAUGGGAUUAUAAUGGUUAUGCUAGUCAAGAGGAUAGUACGAAGACUAUCGAAUAUCAUUUAUUUAAAGCCUUAACAAGAGCAUGUCUUAUAGAAAGUCGACAAACAUGUAACUAUCACAGAUGUGGUAGGACCGAUAAGGGUGUCAGCGCCUUUAGUCAGGUCAUUUCCCUUGAUAUUCGAAGUCGUCUGUCACCAGAAGAACAAAUGAAUGAGGAAUCUCGAGAUAAAGAAUUAAAUUAUUGUCAUAUUUUAAAUCGUCUACUGCCAAGUGAGAUAAGAUGUGUCGCUUGGGCUGCUGUGAAAGAUUCAGAUUAUAGUGCAAGAUUUAAUUGCAAAAUGAGGACGUACCAUUAUUAUUUUCCACGAGGGAAACUAAAUAUAAAUGUAAUGCAAGAUGCUUGUAAGCUUCUGAUAGGCAGUCAUGAUUUUCGAAAUUUGUGUAAAAUGGAUGUUGCGAAUGGAGUCAUUGAUUUUAUGCGAACUGUGAAAGAUGCUGAAAUAAUUUGUGUUUCAAAACAGUUUAAGGAUACUGAAUCAGGGUAUGACAUGUUCGCUUUCAAGAUAACAUCGAAAGCUUUCCUUUGGCACCAAAUCCGUUGCAUCAUGGCUAUCCUGUUACUAAUUGGAAAUGGAUGCGAAGAACCCAGUAUCAUCACUGAAUUAUUCGAUGUGGAAAAGAAUGGAUGCAAACCGCAAUACAGUUUGGCCUCGGAUGUCCCAUUGAACUUGUACAGAACUCGAUACGAUCUCAACGAAGCCAGGACCUAUAAAGUCGAUCCGGCUGAUUUUAAUCCCGACGAUUUGAAUUUCGAUGAAAACAAAGACUGGUGCUUCGACAGAGAUAAUUUGAGGCACGUCAUCGAAGAAUUGCAAGGACAAUGGACACAGCAAAAUGUUAAGUAA